GCUCAUGCGCAGGCUUUAUCAUAUUCAUAUGCUUCAGUAAUAAUAAUAUAAUAGUCGUGACAUGGAGCAUAUGUACGUAAGCCCAUACGAUGUUGACUUUUUCAUCAUCAAGAGCCACUGUCAGCGUCCUUUUCCUUUCGAUGACGGUUUUUCUUUUAGCCAAUGCUACUCGGAAAGGUUCAGCAGUGCAGUCCAUCUUCUUAAAGCAAUAGUUUUUCCAUACUAUCCUACAGGGUCUGGUCAAGCUUUAUUCCGAGCUCUAUCGUUUGGCAUCUCUUCUGCUCCUCUUAAAGUGAUGUGUAUGCUGCAUAAACUAACUGUUCAAGCCUAACCUCAAUGACUGCCUUUGAAACUUUUGGAAUUGUGUCACAGUCAUCCGUCGUCCCCUAUAUUACCUCUUUCGCUCCCCACUAGCUCUUUCUUUUGAUCUUUGAAGAAAUAAUGACACCAGACGAGAUUGUUCUUCAACUUAAAAGAAAAGGAACAUUUGAUCAACUACGAAAACAUUUACUCUCAGAAUUUCAACAACAGAAUGAAGGACAAAAGUUCCUGGAAAAUGUGACCAGCUUCAUGCAAGAAAAGAUUAGCAAAGAUCCUUCGCUUUUAGAUAAAGAAAGAUCCACGUUCCAAAGUUUAAUGAUGAACGAAUUAGAAAAAGCUGGUAUGUUCCAGUCCGUUCAUGAACAAAUUCGCGGAACAUUAUUACAGCAAAAGUAUUACCAAGACCAGGUUGACGAACAAUUGAGAUUGGUACUGGACGCAUCCAAAGACGAAUAAGUAAAAAAGUAUUUCAUAUACCCUUAUAUUUACUACAUCCCUCCGUCUUUCUCACAGAACUUGAGUUAUUAAAGUAACUAUGAUGAAAAUAAUAAAUGGGUGAGGGAGCUGGACUCCUUACUAAUUAU